GGUUGGGUGUUGCAGGUAGUUUCGGGAGGACCGCGAAGGCUGCCUGUUUUAGUUACACACGACUCAACUCUGGAACUAAUUUUAUUCUUUUUAAUAGCAUUUUUGUUUGUUUGAAACCAUAAUAAUGUCUGCAGUCGGAAUCCUUCCUUUCCUGUUAUUUUUCGCCUGUAUUUCGUCGUCAGUGAGCCAGAAGAAAGGACGAGGUUUUAUUGGGGUUCAGGACCCGGACUCGAACUCAGUCUAUGUUGAUGAUCUUACAGCAAGCACAUUAAAGAGCAGCCUGACUACAGUUUUCCUUCCUAUCAUCUACAUUUUUGUGUUCGUUGUGGGUUUGCCCAGCAAUGCCAUGGCAAUAUGGGUCUUUGUGUUCAGGUCAAAGAAGACCCACCCAGCAUCUAUUUUCAUGGCCAACCUUGCUUUGGCUGACUUGCUGUUUAUCAUCUGGCUCCCACUAAAGAUUGUCUACCACAUCAACGGCAACAACUGGACUUUUGGGGAGGAGAUGUGUAAAGUUCUGGUGGGCUUCUUCUAUGGGAAUAUGUACAGUUCUAUCCUGUUCAUCAUGUGUUUGAGCGUGCAGCGAUACUGGGUGGUGGCUCAUCCACUCACGCAGCAGAGGACGGACAAUAGACUGGCUAUUGUUUUAUCAGUAAGCAUCUGGGCUUUUAUUUGGAUCAGUGCCACACCGCUCUUUCUAGACCAGCAGACGGCCUACCUGUCUGGGCUUAAUAUAACCACUUGCCAUGACGUCAACAUUAUCAAAAAGGAAAGCAUUGCGAAUGGAACCGCCUUUCAGGAUGUAGCAAAGCCAUUCUAUUACUUUAUGGUAAUGGCCGGGUUGGGGUUCCUUCUACCAUGUGCAGUCAUCAUCACAGCUUAUGUUCUGAUGAUGCGCAAACUUGGACGUUCCUUGAUGGAAGGAAGCAAUGCUGGAAAGAACCGUCACCGGGCCAUGGUCCUUAUCAUUACAGUACUUGUUACAUUCCUGGUCUGUUUUCUUCCUAGCAACGUGAUGCUGGUUGUGCAUUAUGCUCUGCUAUCAACAAUAUCUGCUAACAAUGGAUAUGGCUUCUAUAUCACCUCUUUGUGCUUGGCAAGUCUCAACAGCUGCCUGGAUCCAUUUGUGUAUUAUUUUGUGUCGGAGGACUUCAGGUCACAUGUAAAGAACACGUUCCUGUGUCGAAGCAGUCGGACUGUGGAGAGGAUGAGAGUCUCCUUCAGCUCCCUGAAGUAUUCUAAGAAGGGCAGCAUCUAUACAGCUAGCACAGGCCAAACAGAUAGCAGUACAAUUUAAAAGGUGUAUGUCCAUUUAAAAAAAAGAUCAUUACAAAUGAAGACUGUGAAUUAUUUUAAUACAGAUACAUUAGCCUAAUAUUCAGACUUUCUCAGGUAGCCAAACUCCACAAAGGUGGAUUCACAUUUUUGGGAAACAGGCCAUGAUUUGUUUGACUGAGUUUGUAUAAAAGUAUUUGUUUGUUUAUCUGUGUGCAUGUGUGCCUGCUAUGUUCAUGUAAUUUAUAUACUGGAAAUAUUAAUUGGUGUCAAAAUAAUGACAGUCACUAAAACUUGACAUAAAGAUAUCUGGUGCAGUUAGUCAAGUUUAGGAUUUUUGUUUAAAGUGUAAAGCUUGAAUGCCUUCUGUUUCUGAUUUAAUUUGCUGUGUUCUUUUACAUUAUUGUAGUUAAACUUUUUUGUACGUGUCCACUGCUACCAGCUACGUGACCAACCUCAGAUUUAUUUUAUUUAAUUUUAUUGUCUGUGUGGAAAUGUUGUCACAGGUUCUCAAACAGUAACUGUUUUCUAACCACAAAAUUUUAAAUAGUUUUUGCAUUAGGUUUGGCAUCAAAGCAGUUAUAACCAUAUGCAGAAUAAUAAACAAGAAGUGUGUAUAUAUAUAAAAAAGCUAGAUUAUGAGGAUAUACAGUAUGAAUGAUUGAACUGAUUUUUGUUCAGACAGUACAGCAUUUCUAAAUCUACUUCCAACUUAAAAGUACUGAUGUUUAUUUUUGUAUAUAUUUAUGUAAAGUCACUUUAAUAAAUGUUAUGUAUAUUAUAGAUCAUUUUGUUUUGUAAUACAUUCCUAAAUAGAGUAUAUACUGAAACCUGAAGAGUCUUAAACAGCUAACAGGGACACAAAGUGCUUUUGUUUAUAGACCCAUGAGUCAUUGUCACAUGAUCUGUGAGUUAUAAUGACAUCAGAGCAUGAUAUUGAGCUGUACUAUAAAACAUAUCUUGGUAAAUUAAUAAUUUUCUUAUUUCAUAGUCAUGUCCGAAAGAAAAUCACAAGUAUGUUGUGUUUUCUGGUUGAUUUUAGGAGGCAACUAACUUCAACUUUUUAAAAUUUUUGUAAAUAUUUCCCUGUUUUAAUCAUUCUUUUAUUCUUCUGAAAGUGUUUAAACCAGUUUAAGUCAAAUUUGGAUAGAAUUAUAGAGAGCAAGCUAAAAUUUUUCAUCAGCCGGUUCCAGCACCUUUUGUGCUCUAGGCAAACUUUACCUCUUCUUAUUUCAAGCACUAAUGGCCAAAACCAGCUUAGCCUGUUUUACGCAGGACCCAGAAUAGAUAUAACAUGUAACAUAGGCACCUGCCGUUAUUAAAAUAAGUCCCAAAAAAUGCAGCAUUGUUACACUAGCAAUGUUUGAUGCCUGACAAGAUCUUCUCAUAGCUUCCCCAAAAGAGUUUGAUCUUCCAGACAUGUGUGAACAUGUUUUUGCUUUUUUUGUUUCUGCUUUCACAAAAAAAUGCUGGUGAUGUGUCCAGAAUAACUGGUCUGUAUUACAUGAAUACCAGCCAUGAACACUGUUUGUGCCGUGUGUGUGUGUGUUUGUAUGUUUGAGCGCGCAUAGUUAAAGGAUAACUACACUGCUCAAAAUCACAGUUUAUGAUGUUGCUUUGAACUUUGUGUUUGAUAACAAUGGCAACCCAGUUUUCUGUAUUUUCCCCUUGUUUAUGUAGAU